UACUGCCAGCGGCUGGGCUCGGACAGGAGAAUGAAAGGUCUCCGCUGGCGUUACACUCGGCUGCCCAGUCGGGUGGAGGACGCUCUGUCUGUGGAAGAGGGUGAGGAAGAGGAGACAGCCCCGGCCCCAUUCUCAGCUCCUGUUCCUGAAGAUCCUGUGGAGCCCCAGCUGGCAGAAGCCAGCCAGGUUCUAGGAACCUCAGAGAUGAGGCAGCUCAGCCUCCACCUCCCCCCAAGAGUCACCGGACAUUCCUGGAGCCUGGCCUUCUGUACGUCGAGAAAUGGCUUCAGCCUGCGGAGCCUUUACAGGCAGAUGGAAGGCCACAGUGGGCCAGUGCUGCUGGUGCUGAGGGACCAGGACGGGCAGAUGUUUGGGGCCUUCUCCUCCUCGGCUCUUCGACUCAGCAAAGGCUUCUAUGGUACUGGAGAGACAUUCCUCUUCUCCUUCUCCCCACAGCUGAAGGUCUUCAAGUGGACAGGAAGGAAUUCUUUCUUUGUGAAAGGAGACUUGGAUUCACUGAUGAUGGGCAGUGGCAGUGGCCAGUUUGGACUGUGGUUGGAUGGAGACUUGUAUCACGGUGGAAGCCACCCCUGUGCAACCUUCAACAAUGAGGUGUUGGCCCGGCGAGAGCAGUUCUGCAUCAAGGAACUGGAGGCCUGGGUCCUGAGCGGAUGCCCCCAUUGUGGGAAGCUUCCUGAAGCAACCAGUGCUCACACUUGCUCAUGA